CAUAUUGACAUUGCUCUCUAUUAUCUGAGAAAGAAGGGAUGCUACCACCCUCGCGAUCAUCCUUUUCGAUGCACAACUACUGAUGUUCUUUUUGAUAAUUAUAUGGCACUUGUGUAUAAAGAUUUCAGUGAAGAUGCCAGUGAUGAGUUUUGGUGUGCUGGUGAUAAUCAGUUAUUUCCGACACCAUAUGUGUGGGGGGACAGCCGUAGAUGUGGAAUUGCAUGGACUGAGGUUGACAAAAUCUUUUUUCCAUGUCGGCUUCCUUCAGAAGAUGAUGAAGCUGUGACACACUUUUUGUUGGGAGUAUUGGACUUGAAUCAAAAAAAGAUUGAUGUAUAUGAUUCCAUAUACAGUGAGCCAUAUGAAGCAGGAAUGAACUACAUGCAAAUGUAUGCACGCAUGAUCCCCCAUUUGCUAAAGUUCUCACAGUUUGACAAAAAUCACAAGUCUUUUGGGAAUGUCUUCAACAAAUUUGAUAUACAGUGGCAAAGAUCACCACACCAAACUGGAUCGACUGAUUGUGGUGCAUUCCUGAUCAAAUUUGCCGAGUUGCUGAUGAUUGGAAAGGACGUGCAGCAAUUCCAACCCGAAGACAUAAAAGACUUUCGAAAAGAACUUGCUGCAAAUCUUUGGGCACAUGGUGAAUGGAAAAGAAAUUAUGGUUAUGAUACUCCACCAGAAAAUGUUGGUAAUGAUUAUGAGAGUGAAAAUGAAACAUUCUGUCCAAAGGAGUUGUAAAGAAAUUGUGGUGUUAUUUUUGUAUAAAAUUGCUGUAAAGGUGACAUCUGAAUUAUGCCAGUUUAGGAUAGUUCUGAAAUAUUCUGUAAAUUUGUGAAAAGGCAC